GGUCAGUUUACCCUAAUUUUCUCCUGAAAUACUUCUUAUAUGGAAAAUAUUUCUUUUACGUGCACUUGACACAAACAUCGAUUUUCGAAAACAAGACAAAUAUUUCGGCUGCACUAACGGUUGUCGCUUGCCUUGACUGUUCGAUCUGAUUCUCGGGUAAAAAAAUAAAUUGUUAGCUGUUAUGCAAACUGUGUUGAGUAGUAAUGAUGCUGUUGAUACAGAUUUUGACUACUUGUUUAAAAUAGUUCUUAUUGGUGAUGCUGGAGUUGGGAAGACUGCUAUAGUUCAUCGAUUCAAGUUUAAUACAUUUGUUGAUCGACAUGCCAGUACUAUUGGAGUAGACUUUACUAUCAAGACAAUUCAAGUUGAUGAUAAAAAGAUUAAGCUUCAGAUUUGGGAUACAGCAGGUCAGGAACGAUUUCGCACUAUAACUCAAAGUUACUACCGUUCUGCAAAUGGUGUUAUUUUAGUAUACGAUGUCAGCAAAAUGGAUUCAUUUAAAAAUAUUAAUUAUUGGUUACAAGAUGUGAAAAGAUAUGCUGGUAAUUCUAUUUAUCAAAUGCUUGUUGGAAAUAAAUCUGAUUUAGAGAGUCAUAGAGAAGUACCUAAACAAGAGGCAGACUCAUUUGCUACACAGCUUGGAAUAUUAGAGUUCAUGGAGCUAUCAGCUAAGGAUAACUCAAAUAUUGAUGAAGCAUUUUGGAGAAUAGCUAAGAAUUUAAAAGAUCGCUACGAAAAUGAAAGCAAUACACUAAGGGGUGCUCAGACAAGACAAGAUGUUUUUAUAAACUCAAAAAGUGUUGGAAAUUGGUGUUGUUAAAGAAAUAUGGCGUGACAAGAAAUAUCAGAAAAUACCUUUACACUUCUCAAAUUAUUUUAGCACGUUCUACAACAUAUAACAACUUUUGCAACAUAAAUAUUGGUUAAUCCAAAUUUUAGGAUUGGGCACGACUCGUUUGAAUUAAAAUGAUAUAAAUUGUUAUCCUUUUGGUUGUUUUUUUUUAUUUUAUUUUAUUUUGAUAAAAAGGUUUUAUAAGAAUUUAAGUGUACUUUAGUUGGCGACUGGCUUUUAAUAUCUUUUUGUUAUUUUUAUUUAACUGUAAACAAGACAUUUUUGUUUUUUAUUUAUUUAAAUUGUACUUUUUACAAAUUAUUUAUGAAAAAAAAAUAUUUUGUUAAA